AUGACGGCAGCAGCGACCACCAACCAGCGCCAGAAUGGUAGCACGACAUACCCUCCCACAAAUACAUCGGCAGGGACUCGCGUACUAUCUGGCACUGUGCCCUCGAAUCCCACCGUCAAGAGGAUUCUCGGCUCUCGCGGCAUUGCUUCGCUCACCAUCGACACUGGACCCUUGUCUGGUCAGCCUGCAAAGAAAAAUGGCUCGGUGACAGAGUCGUCGCCAACAACAACCACUCAAGCGUCCGCGAGAACUAAGCGCGGGCGAUGGCAUACGCUUGAGUUCAAGCUGUACUACCUCGUGUUUGGCGUCAUGGUACCUCUGAUGGUUUAUGUUCCUGUGCGCCUCAGCACACCGUCGAAUCCAAAUUACUGGUCGUACACGAAUCACCUCAAGCCAGGAUGGAUUGCUGGCCGACUGCGCGACGACAGUGAUUUCCAGUAUCGAUCCUUUCGCGACUACGUUCCUGCCCUUGUUGGGAUCAUGUGCGUCUAUCUUGGGCUAUCCAAGCUGUUCACGCUGCUCCCUUUUUCCACGUCUGCAAGAUAUACCCGCAUCGACAGUGGAAGCUCCAUCCUCGCGACACCUAGACCGAAUAGGAUCACAUUUCUUACUGUGUUUACGACGAUCUUCAUCUUUGCCCUGCAUGGCUUUAACUCGCUCAAGCUGCUCUUUGUUCUCGUGACCAACUACGGAUUAUCGAAAGCCCUCGGCGGAAGGAAGAUCGCACCAGCCGUGGCAUUUGCGAUCAACAUCGGUGCGCUGUUUGCCGCGCACUGGAACGACGGCUUCGAAUACAGUCACAUCUCGCCUGUGCUGGGCUUCCUCGAGGUGUUCAAGGGGCUGCUCCCGCGUUGGCAGAUCAACUUCAACAUUACCAUGCUCAGGCUGGUGUCGUUUGCCAUGGACUAUCAUUGGGCAAAGUGCGAGGCGGAUGCAGGUGGGCAGGCGGGGAGAGCGAUGGGCGAGGUGGAGCGUGAAGGGACGGAGCCGACGUAUCAGCAACGGACGAGGCUUACGCAGCAUCUGGAGGAAUAUAGCCUCUCGAACUAUCUGCUGUACGCGCUGUACCCGCCGCUGUUCAUCGCCGGGCCGAUCAUGACAUUCAACGAUUUCACCUCUCAGCUGCGACAGCCGUGCCGUAUCGGAGCAGGCACGGUGGUGCGGUACGCGAUCCGCUUUGCAGUAUCGCUGCUGACGAUGGAACUCAUCCUGCACUUUGUUUACGUAAACGCGAUCAAGGAUUCAAAAGCGUGGGUGGGGGCUACACCGCUCGAGCUGUCCAUGAUCGGGUUCUGGAACCUGAUCAUCGUGUGGCUCAAGCUUCUGAUUCCUUGGCGGUUCUUCCGGCUCUGGGCGAUGGCGGACGGUGUCGAAGCGCCGGAGAACAUGGUGCGGUGCAUGGCGAACAACUACUCGACGCUCGGCUUCUGGCGAUCGUGGCAUCGGUCGUACAACCUGUGGAUCGUACGCUACAUCUACAUCCCCUUGGGAGGAAGCCGGAACCAGAUCCCCUCGACCCUGCUCGUGUUUACAUUUGUAGCGCUCUGGCACGACCUCAGCCUCAAACUGCUGGCGUGGGGGUGGCUGAUUACGUUUUUCAUUGUGCCAGAGGUGGUGGCGAGGAAGACGCUACCGUACAGCGUGUGGGGGCAGAAGUGGUGGUUCCGACACGUUGCGGCGGUGGGAGGGGUAGGGAACGUGCUCAUGAUGAUGACGGGCAACCUGAUCGGGUUUGCGAUCGGCACGGAUGGGAUGCGGUAUAUGAUUGAGCAGCUGUUGGGCAGCUGGGAGGGGGUAAGGUUUAUGGUUGGGGCGUGUGCGACAUUGUUUGUGGGUGUACAGGUGAUGUUUGAGUAUAGAGAGGAGGAGUUGCGGCGUGGCAUUGAUCGCAAGUGUUGA